CUGCUGCGCCGGCGUCGCAGUUUUCGGCAGGUGGUGCAGUUUCCCAAAAAAGAACAACAAUGAGCGCGAGAGAUCACCGUAUUCUGUACUUAGUUUUUCGCGAUGAAAAUCACUAAAUAAUAUAGUGAAAUCUGUGUACACCCGCGAGUGUCUCCAUGUGUGUGUGUUUUUUGUUUGUUAUUUGAAUUGAACAAACUGCGACAGUCCAGUCAAAAGAGCAGCAAGAGAGCAGCAUCGCGUAUACGCUCUCAUUCGUUUUUAUUCAUUCCAUGAUCGCGGUCGCGGAUCAUCGUUCUCUGCUAGAAUUUAAUUAAAUCUAUUCUAUAACAUCGCGAAAAAUCGUUGUUGAAUAUAUUGUUUGUCUUCCAUUGUGUGGUGCACCUUCUCCGCCUCCCCCCCACCCCAAUGGAAAUGUCAACACAAGUACACACACAAGAGAGGCCAGGAAUGCGACAAUGAUUUUGUUGACACUCCAGUGAACAGUUCCAGAAUCCCCGAGUUCCAGAGUUUCCCAGGCAGCGGCAGCGGCAGCGCUUUUCCAAUGAACAGUGCCCACUAAGCAACUUGAGCUGAAAAAUGGUCAAGUCCCUGGUGGCCAAGUUGUCCACAGCCUCCUCCAAUCUCUCUUUGGCCAGUACCUUUGGCGGCGGCAGCGGCGCGGCAGAGGAAACGAAUUACGCAAAACAUCGCAAUGAUCCGGGACGCUUUUUCGGCGAUGGCGUCCAGUUCAAGGCAAAGCUCAUCGGCAUUCUGGAGGUGGGCGAGGCUCGGGGAGAUCGGAUGUGCCAGGAGGCGCUGCAGGACCUCAAGAUGGCCAUUCGAGCGGCUGGAGAGCAUAAACAGCGGAUAACGAUCCAUGUGACCAUCGACGGGUUGCGGUUGAGGGAUGAGAAAACGGGUGACUCCCUGUACCAUCAUCCGGUGCACAAGAUCUCCUUCAUCGCCCAGGAUAUGACGGAUUCGAGGGCCUUUGGCUACAUCUUUGGAUCGCCGGACAGUGGCCACCGGUUCUUCGGCAUCAAGACGGACAAGGCGGCCAGCCAGGUGGUGCUGGCCAUGCGCGAUCUCUUCCAGGUGGUCUUCGAGCUAAAGAAGAAGGAGAUUGAGAUGGCGCGCCAGCAAAUCCAGGGCAAGUCCCUGCACGACCACGCCAGCCAGCUGGCCUCCCUGUCCUCGCUGAAGGCCGCCGGCCUGGGUGGCAUGGCCUUGGGUCACUCGGACCUGGCCAGUGGAGGAAUUUCCUCCGGUCACGCCCUGACCCUGCUGGGCAGUAGUCUCAGCGCCUCGAAUGGAACAAGCAGGCUGGGUGUUAAUCUGGAUGUUGCAAAGGCAUCAGGAUCAGCGGCCAAGGAGAUCUCUCCCGAAUCCGUGGCCGAUCUGGUGGAUCUAGAGCAAGAGCUUACCUCACUGCAGAGGGGGAUCAGUCAGAUGGAGAGAAUUACGCCAAAUGAGCCCACAACUUUGCCCUCCAGCGGUGGUGGUGCUGGCCAACCCUCUUUGGCGAAAUCCGCCAGCGAGGAUGAUCCCUUCGGAGACUCGUUCAUCUAUGUGCCCUCCUACAGCAUUCUGCCACCGCCUCCAGAUUCUGGACGCAACAGGCACAAGCCGCCUAGCAAAACACCAGAGGCCGUGGCCGGUUUAGAUGCAAUGCUCUCGCCACCUCCCGGAGCUAGUAGCUCUCAAUCUCCGGCCACCGCAGCACUUCAGACGGCGGAUAACGACGAUGACAGCUGGCUGCAGGAACUGGACCAACAGAAUGAUGUCUUCGAUACUACCAAAGUGGUGGGCAGCAGUGGAUUGGGAUCGGUGUUGGCCAUGGCCCCGUUGGCCUCCAGUGAAUCCACGGCCACGCCCACACAACAACUGACGGAGGUCGCUGCAGGAUCUGGACCUCUAGCUGAUCUGGAUAUUGGUUUAGGUUCGGUUGCGGGAACUGAGGAUCUGGCCUCGGCCAUUUUGUCUUUGGAUGCGUUCACGGAUCUGGAUCCGCUGGGCACGGGACGCACCAGGCCGUAUGUUGAUAAGAAAUACUUCUUCCAAGAGCUCAAGAAUCCGCCGAAGAAGCUGCUCAAGGAGCUCAGCUCCGGCAGUCAGGCGGGUCUCGGCUUGGGUCUCUCUCUGGGCCAGUCGGAUGGCCUCUUUCCGGAGGAUAGCACCACCAUCUCCACCACCACUACCACAGCUACUAACAUCACCGCAGGAAAUCCGCUCCAGAACUCGGCUAACACACUAACCACCACCGCUAGCACCGUCGCCAGUCUGGGCCAGCUCCUGUCCACGAUGGCUUCCAAUACCAAUACCAAUACCAAUCCCGAUCCCCUGCCCGCUCCCGCUCCCAUUUCCAUGCCCACAACAACCAUUUCCCAUUCGAUCACCCCGAGCGCUGAGCUAAAACUGUUGCUUGGCCAUGUAACUAAUCCGCCUAAUCCCACCGGCCACUAUUAUACCACAGAACCGCCCACUCUGACCUCGCUGGAGGACAUCCAUCCGCCGGCGGAUCCUGUGCUGCUGCCCAGGGAUACGGAUCCGUUCUCGCCCACGCGCAAAAAGAGCGAUCCAGAUCCCUUUCAAGAGGGCGAUCUCUUUGCCAAGCUGGAUGCCUUCGAGUUUGAGGCUCCGCCGGCGGUUCCAGCUCCCACGAUCCCCAAUUUGGCGCCGGAACCAAAAGCGAAUGUAUUCAAUGGACCACUGCAGGUGCAGUUGCCACCGGAGAAGGAGUUGCAGCUUCAACAGCCUCCAAGUACGGUGAGGAAUCGUCCCACGGCUUCGGUUUCCGCUUUGCCAAGUGGCGGUGCCCUGGAUGUGAUCUCCAGCAUUAGCAACAAGAAGAUGCCGCAUCUCUUUGGCCAGGCCAGAGCAUUUGGCAAAUCCGGAUCGGACAUUGGUUCGAGUGUCAAUAUGCGGCGUUUGCAGGAGAGCGAUUCGCUGAGUGAGACAGAGGCUGCUCCGGAGCCACCACCUCGUCCAGAUUCCACUCCGUACUCGGAGCCACCGCCCCUGCCGCCCAAGAAGCAGUUUAGCGACCUGGUCAUCCGACCAUCGCCUGCGAAUCCCACUCCACCGCCCACUGCCGGACGGUAUGAGUAUUUGAACAGUAGCGUCACGGCGCGAAGGACUCUUUCGUCGGCUGAUGCACCACCCAUUCCAUUGCCAUCGCGUCGUGUGGGUCGUUCUGAUGGCUGUUUUCCGGGACCGGGAAGGCCAAGAAAACCGGGACACACCGAGGAUGAUUAUCUGGCGCCGCUGGGAGCUCCGCCGCCAUUGCUGCCGCCCCCCAGUCAAGGAUCUUCGGCUCGGGCGCGACCCCAACGGCAGACUUCUUUGGGCAGGCCGCAGGAUAUCUACGAAAACAAGGCGGAGAUCCUGCAGGCUCAGGUUCAGGCGCAGGCCCAAGCCCAGGAAGUGUCGUCUACUACCAACACCCUGGCUCCCGACAUCACAUUAACCCAACUGCUCACCCUUGGAAUGGAUGACUUGGCCAUUAAGUUGAACGUUCCGGCCAGCAAGCUAAGCACCAUGACGCUGGUUCAGUUGACAGCCUAUCUCUCAGCGUAUUUGUCCAGUGAAAAGAGCCAAACUCACAGCCAAGAGAGGAGGUCCUCGCCAGCCAAUCCAGCCAAUCCAGCUCCUGCCCCAGCCUCCACAGCGGCUGUGUUCAAGGUGAACUUCGAUCAGCAGACCUCCUUUGUGGCAAAGUUCGAUGACACAUUUGGCGAGGAUGAGUUGGUGAUGCCUGCGGCUACCUUAGAUUCCACAUUUGUGGCCAAUUUCGCCAACUUUAAUGAGGCUCCCACUCCGAUGGCCAUGUCCGCAGUAUCGCCAGUGGUUGCCACAGUGCCAUCUGCGGACCGAUAUGCCGUCUUCCGCGAGAUCAUCGAUCAGGAGCUGCAGCAGCAACAGCAGGAAACCGAUUUGAUGGGCGACUUGACACCACCGCCAGUGGACGAAACGCAGGCCAAAGAAAUUGCAGAGGGUUUGGAGGCGAACAUCGUGGGCGCAGAGCUACCAAUUGAUGCCUUGGAGGUAAAACCAGCUCCCAAGAUCGACACCAAGAUCACCGAAGUGGUGGCCCAGGCCAAGGAUCGUUAUGCAGCUCUAAGAGACAUCAUUCUAGUGGAGAAUCUCUUCGAUAAGCCAGCGAUUUCAACGGCUACUCAGCCGGAGAAGGAAAAGGAUCUGCUGCAGGACUUUCCAGAGUUCAGCGAUGAGUUUAACGAGGAUCAUGAUCUCCGUCAGAUAAUGGAUCAUCAGGAUGUGCAGCCGCAUUCCCGAGAUCGCCAUGGUCUGGUCGACAGCCGGGGUUUCCCAACAGAGCCAUCAUCAUCCGCUUUGACGGUGGGCGAUGAUGACGAGGACGAGGAUGCAGAUGCCGGUGGUGAGAGCAGCCUGGAUAGCAACGAAAAGGAUGCGGAACCUGUUAGCGGACAGGAUCAGUACGAGAAGCUGUCCACCUCUACGCAACAACUGGAUGCAGCUGCUCCAGUUCUGGACGAUGUGCACCAGCAGCAAUCGCUGGCUCCCAAACAGGAUCAGAAAUUCCUUUCCGUACUCACGGCGCCCGGCGGCGGAACCAAGGAUGACAUCGAGAUCGAUGAGCUUAUGCAUCGGGCCAUUUCCAAUCUCUCCCUGGACUCGAGGGAUCGAAUUUCGCCAGCCAACUCCUCGGCAGCUCCUUCGAGGGGAGCUCCGAGCCUGCACACGCCCUCUCAGUUCAACGAUGUCAGUACCUCGCCCAUUCCGCUCCAGAAACCCGUGAUGGGCCCAUCGCCAGUGCCGUCGCAGCUUUCGGCAGUGUCCCAACUCAUCGAUACCGCCACGAAGCAGAUGAUGGGCGACAAGGAGCGGGAGAAGCAAUCAUGGGCCACUUUCGACUCGCCGAAGGCAAAGGGUAAGGCACGGCUAACGCUUCCUCCACCACCGCCGCCUGCGUCCAACACUUCGCAACCGGAUACGGUGGAAUCGCCAUGCAGUUCGGAUCCCCGGGACGACGGCUGGUCCAAGCAACAACGUCGCUGGGCGAAGAAGGAGCGCCAGCAGACGUCCUCUUCCUCCCGAGACCUGAGUCCCUGGGACGACGAGACGCCCGAGUAUCUGAAGCGGCGGCAGUUAGCGGCCGCUCAAAUGGCACAUCCUCACCAGCCACAAUUGCAGCCACAGCCGCAGCACACGGAUCGACAUGGCUACUACAUGCGACACGCCAGGCGGAUGAACUCGUGUGACGAGGAUUACGACUAUGACGCUGAGUUCAUGGCACGUCGGGAUCAGCAGCAGCAGCAGCAACAGCAGCAACGGAAGUUCAAGCAUGGUCUCUCCCGCAGCAGGGAUAACUUCGAACUGGAUUCACCCAGUUGGUACCAUCACCCGACGCAUCACACCUGGUCGCCGCAGGAGAUCGAACAGGCGCGGGCCCGGUCUUUCGAGCGUGCUGCCUACGAGCGAUCCAGCUAUGGGCCACCGCCGCCCAUCUACGACAAGCGUGGCCAACUGAGGAGCAAGUAUCGCGGAGAUCACAGGGAUAGGGAUCGCGAACGCGAUCGCGAUCGGGAGUACCGAGAUUACGCUCGUCCCAGCUACGACUUUGACUACGAAAAUGUGUACGAGGAGCGUGGAGGACGAUCACCAAUGGCCUACAAGCCGGGAAGGGGCGGUGGUGAUUACUUGUACGACAGAGAAAGGGACAGAGAUCGGGAUCGCGAACGUAAAUCCUUCGACCGGGAGAGCCUCGAGUCGUAUGAGAGUGCCACCCGGCGACGACGCAGUUUCGGCAGUGGAAACGAUGUCUAUGGCAGCCUGGACAGUCGGGAUGAUUACCGUGGCGAAAGGGAGCGGGAUCGGGAACGGGAUCGCGAACAGAUGAAGACCCGCUCCCUGCGAAAGCCCACAACGACGUCUGGAAAGCUUAGGAUCAGUGGCGACAUCGAUUACGAGCAGGACUCGGAGCAGGAUUUCCAGCAGCGAUCGGGUGUCCGCAGUCUGCAGCGACCGAGUCAGCUUGGCGGCGAUGUGGUGCUGCCCUCCAGUGCUGUCGUCGGCCCACAGAGAUUGCGCAAGAGCAGCGGCUCCAGUCCCUGGGAUGGCGAGGAGCCCGCCUUGCCUGGCCAGAAAUCUUGGAAGCGUCCAGCCAGUGCCGCGGAGACCGAAAGACGUUUGGCUGAGAGUCGUCGAGCUGCAGCUUUGGGUCAAACACCCUCGGAUGGCGAGAAAGAGCGAAGAUUCCGCAAGAAGACCCGUGCACGCAGUGCCAAGGAUUUAGCCACAGUAGGUGUUCCCAGCGUGGCCACCACCGCCCCUAACAGAUCGGGCUACGGGCGUGGCAUCCGGGAUAACUACGACUAUAUGUGUCCAGGCCAGCGCAAUGAUGACGACGACGACGAUGAUGAUGAGGACUAUGUGGACGAUGAGCCGCCAACAGAUGAGGAUAAAUUCGAAAGAUUGAACCGUCGGCGGCAUGAAAUGCACCAGCGUAUGUUGGAGUCCGAGCGUCGGCAAAUGGAGCGCCAUCAGCCACCAUCGCUGGCGAAGCUUCCUGGCCAGAAUCGCACACGUGGCGUGGUGGUGAACAGUGAUUAUGGUUUUGUGGACAGUUAUGAGCAAACGCCAACGCCCACGCCACGUUCAAAUGCCAGCAGCACCGGACCCGGUGGCCUGAUGAUGAGCGGCGGCGAAUCGUCCGCCGGAGUGACUAGUUCCAAGUUCAAUUUCGAUGACGGUUUCGAGUCGGACUUCAAUCAAAGUUCACCGCCUCCGGCGCCAGCAGGUACCGCCUCCAGUUGCAACUCAACGCCAGCGGGACCAGUUUCGGCAAGUGCAAACAAUGGUGGAUCGAAGAGCCUGUUCCGCUUCUCCAAUGAUUUCUCGGAUCGCGAGAAGCGGGAGCAGUUUGAGGUGGAAACACCGCCGACCUCAACGCCACCAAUUACCCAGAAACUGCGUUUCGAUGACAACGUGAAGGUCUCCCAGUUCGAUGAUGCUGCCUUCGAGGAUGACUUUGCCAAGGCAUCCUUUGACUUUGAGAAGGAACAAGCGGGUCCAGGCACAGCUGCAGGAGCUGGAGGAUCGGGUGCCAUGAGCAGGAAGCAGAAUAUGCGAACCAGCAAGCUGCAGCAGCGACAGGAACUCAUCAAGAAAUCCGAAUCAGUAAACAUAUUCGCCAAAAAGCAGGAGGAUCCCUUCGAGGACGACGAGUUCUUUAAGUCACCGGACCAGGAGCAGGCGUCGGAUCAGCACAACGACGAUGCAGAGGCCGGAAAAUUUCAGUGGAGCGAGGACGCGAACUUUGCCAAGUUCGAUGAAAACAUGUGAUUUGACCAACUCUUUGCCAAGGCAUCGGGGCAGCGACCGGAGCCGGAUAUCGAUGGCCACAACUAUGCGGAGAUCGAUGUGGUCAACGACACGGACCUCUCCUUCCUGACUAAUCUCAAUCAUUACUACCAACAGCAGCGAUUGCAGAGCUUGCGGCAGACAUUGAACCGCCAUGUGUACUGCAAUCUGCCAGUCCAGCAGCCAGAUCGGGAGCAAGUGAGCGAACAGCCGAUGACCAAAUCCAUAUCCACAUCCACCAGUCCCUGGCACGAGCCAAAGGCCAAGUCCAAGCCACUGCAGCAAUUGCUGAGGAAGCCGAAGAAGUGGAAGCUAAAGCGCACCCUAGACGACAUACUCAAGUGUCUGAUCAUUGCCUCCUCGGAGCAUGUGUACGACUACGAUGUGCUGUGGUAGGAUCAGGAGGAUUGGGAGGAUGGGGAGCAGUCCGGGGAUUUGUCUUGAAGAGAAGGGAAAGGAAAUUAAUACGAUAUAUAAUUCGCCACAUAUAUCUAGUCAACUCAAUCGCCAUAAUAAACUUGUAGUAUCGUAACACUCUCUCAAGGACUGUACAGGAUUACUUCACUCCCAGCUCUGCCCAAUCCCAAAGAAUCCAAACCCAGGCCAGAUUGUAUAUAUAUAGGAUAUACCUACAUGAAGAUUCCAACCAAGUCAUAGCGAAAAUUUGAACGAGAACAAGCGUUUGUUAAAGUUACUCCCCACUCGACAGAUAAGAUAAUGAAAUACUCACAGCCCGAAUCAUCAGUCGAUCUACAGAUCGAUCCAACUAACGAAAGCAACUAAUCAAUUGCCUAUGCUAGAUGUCGUCUAACCAUAUAACGAUUUAUCCAAAGUGCAACCACUGUGCUAGCAUACAAUACUACAUAUAUUCCUAGGAUACGUUUACGUUUAUGCCUGCGACGAGCAUAAUUUUUAUGAUUAAUUAAUUGAUUGAUUACAUAGUUAACUAACGACUAAUUAGUUUAAUUCCAAGGCAAUGUCGCAUCAAAGUGUUUUAUGAUUUAACCACUUAUAUACAUAAAUAUAUAUAUAUAUAUAUUUAUACGUAACUGAACGAGCAACUGAAACUGAACGAUCAAGUAACUCCCAAGCAGCUAAAUAAUAAUAUACGAUAAUUAUACAUACAAAGCAUAUUCUUAUAUGUAAUGCAAUUAUACAAAUACGAUAGUUAUUGUCAAAUCUCUCUCUGUGCAAGAGAUGUUUAAAUUGGUUUUGUCCCAUCAUUUUGUUCUAUCAAUUAAACUGUGAGAAGCAUA